AUGUUAUUUCAUGAUGAGAACACAAACGAAGGCAUUGAAUAUGUGAUGGAAGAAAUUAACAAGUAUGUACCAUGUUCUGGUGAUGAAGAAGAGAAAGCUUAUUUGAUGAGCCAAGGAGUAGUAGGUGACCAAUUGUCAAUUGAGCGUGGAAUAAAUCAUCUCUUGCAAGUUGCUAAUGGUCUCAAUCCCGAAGAAAGGAAAGAAGGACUCCACAUGGAGAUAGCCGAUUUUCAUGCGCAGAUGAAAUUCUUACAGGUACAUGACUGUAUAUACAGUAUGUACAGUACUGUAAUUAACCCAUUAAUACCAAAUGGUUUUCCAUACAGGAUAGCAUCAUACCUGCACACCGGAUGCUGUAAGACUUUUGGAAAGCAUAAAAACACACAAGCCAGAGUCAAGUGUGUUUUUGCACUUUCUGAAAGUCGAGCAACAUCCCAAGUGCAUGGACAUUGCUAUUCUGCACGGAAAACUAUUUGGUAAAUGUUUUAAAAAUUAACUACUGAAUUAUAGUGAACCAACGGGUAAUUCAUUCAAAUUUUGCUGGUAUUACAUGUAUUGAGAGAAGUAUAUUAAAAACUGUGUGAUGAGGGAUGUUGCGAGACUUUCGGAAAGCGUAAAAAUACUGAAGCCACAGGCGAUUGCACUUUUACGCUUUCCAAAAGUCUCGCAACAUUCCUCGUGCAAGGAUCAAGCAAUCCUGUAGACGGAAAACCAUUUGGUAAUUGUUUUAUAAAAUACUACAGUGAAACAAUGACAUUUUGAGAAUCCCACGAAAGCAUUUUAAUUUCUCGUACAGGAUAGCCUGAUCCUGCACGGUUAUUGACCAAUCAAAUUGCAUGUUUCACUGUAGUUAAUAUAUAAACCAAUUUUCAUGUGACAUCCAUGUUGACAAAAAUGGCACUUGCUUAGCGUGUUUUGGAUACGGCUGAAAACCUGGAAUUAUUGUACUCUGACACAAUUGCAUACUACAGAACCUCGAAUGAUGUUGCAGUAUUGCUGUAACAUACUGUAACAGUUGCAUAUUCUUUGAAUUUUGUUAUUUUAGGUUGCAUUCGACUAUUUCUACCAUCCAGGUGCUACCUCUGAUCAAUGUACCCUGUUUUCAGACCGGAAUUUGAUCAACAGAAGAAAUGUGGUUGAAGAAGUCAAGCAUAAGUUUAGUGCCUGCAAACAAUUCUUCAGCAUGGAGAUUGAGGCAAGAGUCGUUGCUGCAGCAUUAAAUAUCUUAGAGAUGAAUACUAUUGAUGAUAAACCUGCUGAAAAUUUCAUGCCACCUUCUCUAGAAACAGCUUCUUUGGCUACCAAAAGAGAGUUUCUCAAAGACUUGUCUUCAAGAAUUGUUGAUAAAUUCAUUUUGCAUGAAGAUAAAGUAAAUACUUUGAUUAAACAUUUGGAGAACAACAAAGGAUCUUCAGACUCUAAUGGCCGUUACCCAUGCAGGUAUCCAGGAUGCACUAAGACAUUCAGUCAUGAUGGUAAGAGACGCAUAUCACAUGAAAAGACUCAUGGACUGCAUGAACAAACAUCACAGUCAACGUUACACAAUGAUACAUCAAUUGCAUCAAAAAAUCGAGAUGACAUGUUGAAUUAUCAGUAUGCUCUCCUCGAGUAUGGAAUGCUGUUCUUAAAUUUCUGUGAUGCUUUGUCUGAAGGAGACGGUGAGCGGAUAAUCCGAUGUUGGAAAUUCUUUCUUCUCUUUUUAAAAAAUGAUGGCCAAAGAGGUUGUAAGUAUGCAUUAGAAGGUCUCACAAUCCUAUGCCAGAUAUAUGCCCUACUUUCUCCAAAAGAUGCCCACAGGUUAAUUUGGAACCGCUCUGUUAAAGCCAAAUAUGGCCUAGGGGGUAACAUUCCUCUCGAUCUUGCUUUGGAACAUUAUAACCGAGUGUUAAAAGAAGUCAUUAAAAAGAUGGGACCGAAUGCUUCUAGUGAAAAGGCAGCUAACCGUUUCUGCAAGUCGAUUACAGUUACCAAACAAUUAAUGGACAAUUUUGACCAAGACUGUACGCUGUUUAGACGAUCUGGUCAUCAUGUUAAAAAAAGGGAUAUCAAGGACUUGCAGAAAGUGGUAGGGGAGUUGGUAAAAUGUGAUGCUUUUACUGAACAAUCCAACAGAAAAUACAAGAAAUUUGCCAUCAUUCCACCCUCACUUUUAGACAAAUUUGAUUUGCAAUCAAUGUUUAAAUGGUUAAAUGAACAUAAGAAAUCAAUUUUCUUACACAAAACUGCUAGGUAA